AUACUUCAUAACUAGAGCAUAGUGGCGACGAGAGCAGUGAAGAGUUGUUGUCGAAGAGGGAGGAGGACGGCAGAGAGUAGAGAGGAGGGAAAGCAAGAGUGGGGGAAAAAUACAAUUUAGAUAGGAGGAAAUACAAAAUUAAUCAUGGCAUCGGGGGAUACCCUGUACAUAGAGACGGACGGGUCAGAAAUGCCAGCCGAAAUAGUGGAACUGCACGAAAUCGAAGUGGAGACAAUCGAGACAACAGUUGUUGGAGACGACGGAGAGCACCAGCCGAUGAUCGCCUUACAGCCGCUCGACACGGACGAUCCAAACUCCAUCCACCCGCACCAAGAGGUGAUUCUGGUGCAGACAAGAGAGGAGGUUGUGGGCGAGGAUGACUCCGAGCUGCACACAGACGACGGCUUCGAGGACCAGAUCCUCAUCCCGGUGCCCGCCGUGGAGGAGGACUACAUCGAACAGACUCUGGUUACUGUUGCGGGGAAAAGCUCGUCGACGGGCCGGAUGAAGAGAGCUGGAAGCGGGAAGAAAGCGGGCAAAAAGAGCUACAUGAGCUCAGGAGAAAUGGGCAGAAAGUGGGAACAGAAACAAGUCCAGAUAAAGACUCUGGAGGGGGAGUUUUCCGUCACUAUGUGGGCAUCGGAUGACAAGAAAGACAUAGACCACGAAGAGCAAAUCACGGGUGAAAACUCGCCUCCAGAUUAUUCAGAGUACAUGACGGGGAAGAAGCUUCCUCCAGGAGGCAUCCCAGGAAUCGACCUGUCAGACCCCAAACAGCUGGCAGAGUUUGCACGAAUGAAACCAAGAAAAGUAAAAGAAGACGACGCACCCAGGACGAUAGCCUGUCCACACAAAGGAUGUACCAAGAUGUUCAGGGACAACUCAGCAAUGAGAAAGCACUUGCACACCCACGGGCCUCGCGUGCACGUUUGCGCAGAGUGUGGAAAAGCCUUUGUGGAGAGUUCAAAACUGAAGAGGCAUCAACUCGUACACACAGGAGAGAAACCUUUCCAGUGCACAUUUGAGGGCUGUGGCAAGCGGUUCUCUCUGGACUUUAACUUGCGCACACACGUGCGUAUUCACACUGGAGACCGCCCGUAUGUGUGCCCCUUUGAUGGCUGCAACAAGAAAUUCGCUCAGUCAACCAACCUGAAGUCUCACAUCCUCACACACGCAAAAGCUAAAAACAACCAGUGAAUCAACCCCCGAACCAGGUGAACAACAACAACAACAACAACAACAAUGUUGAGCAUACACUGGAGGAUUUGAGCUGUAUCUCCGCUCCUUGACAGACAAUUAAUGUCCCGUGGCCUGCUUUGUUGUGAGAUAAGAAGUCCCCGUUGUAUCGUCUCUAGAAAAAAAGGUUUAAACAGAGAAAUUACCUUUUCACAGACUUUCCGAUAUGUAUGGAGGUUUGAACAAGAAACUCGUGAGAACCCCGACCCCCUCAGGCCUCCUACUGUACCCUACUUUGGCGCUACCUGAAUGGAACAAUUUACGGUUUCUUCUUGUGAAGAUGUUAAUUCAUGGUUCUGCACCUACAAACUUAUUUAUACCUUAACACAGCCAGAUAAAAAAAUGUUUUUGCAAUAGAAGUCAAAUUUGCAUCGAUCCUCAGCAACGACACCUUUUCAAUUUUGUACUCUCCCCAAGUGUGCAUAUUGUACACUGUUUGACAUAAGCUCUGUGGUAAUGUAUGUAGUAAGAAAGUCCCUGUAGCCCCUGUAUGAAGAGAUUUCACAGUUCCUCCCCCUUUCCCCUUCAUGUGAGUGUGUUUCGAGGGGGAAUUGGGUGGUCUUUGCAUAUUUUCAUUUUGUACAACGCAAUAUCACAAUUAUGUAGAUAAUAGCCAUGUGAUUUUCAAUAGUGAUCAACAAUUAAAAUGUUUUUUUCCCCUUGCACUACCCAAAACAAAAAAAAAGUGUCAUUUGUCUUAACAAUGAAAACUUGUCUUAAAAUAUUAUAAACAUAACGUGUGUUACGUUUAUAAUGUUAUUCAGGUGUUUUAGUAGCAACGCCAUAAACAAGUCUAAUCCUGUGGCUGCUCUGUAGACCUUGAAUAAUGGAGCAAUUCAGGUUACUGCAGCAUUGACGACAAUGUAAAUAUGGUUUUAAAAGUUAAUUUUUCUCUUGAAAAUCAAUAAGCAUUUUUGCAGCUAAAUAAUGAAUGUGUCACUGCUAUUUCAGAUUGCCUCCAGCAGUUUAAUAAUGGAUGUUUGGGAGAGUAUUUCAUGUCGCAUUUCCUCUUUAGUAAAAUAGGAAAGUAACAAGGAAGUGUAACAAACUGUGGUUCUUUUAUUCUUCAGCAUAUACAGUAAUUGUAUCCAGUAGUGAAACUUAUGGUUUGAAAAUGACAUCUGACUGUACAUUGUAUAACAGUGAGUUGAACAAAGUCAUUUUCUGCCUGACAUGAGACACACAAGACAUCACACAGACUUUGGAGGGAACAUCAGAUUUGCAUUGGAAAUUAAAGGAUUUGUUCUAAUGCUGUCUGUUUGA